AUGUUCUCAGAAAUUGCGUGUUUCCUUGAUGGGUUUUACUCAAAUGAUCGUUCAAGACAGCUUGAAUCCGCAGCCAAGAUCAAGGAGUUUCUCUUAAAGAAUAUGCCAGAAAUAGGGCCUUUUGAUACUCAACGGCUGACAUAUUAUGGAGUUAUACGUCGUUUUGUUGGAUUUCUUCACAUGAAAGAUUCCCCUGAGCUUCCCUGUCUGGCAGCUGAGGCUCUAUCAAUCGUUGCUGCUAUUAAACCGAAUCUGGUUGUUGAUCAAGAUCCUGGUCCAAAGCUAGUCAAGCUUAUUGCUUCACCUUAUAUCCGUGAUCCGGCUUUACUGGCACUGGCUAAUGUUGCUGCUGAUCCAGUACACCAUGACUAUCUUCUUAAGUCUGGUGCAUUGAUGCCACUGUUGAAUCUGCUGUCCAAGGAUACUACUACCUUGUCGACGCUCAGAGCUGCCACUCUUACUUUGUGUAACUUGUGUCGUGGCAACCCUCCACCCACCUUCGAACAGGUCUUUUUACCUAUCUCUCUGUUUCCUCUGUUUGUAUACAUCCAAAACUUGAAUUUCAACAUUUGA